UGUGACAGUAGUCACCUCUGCAACAAUUAAAGACAGCGGUGAUGAGUUUCUUAGCUUUUUAAAUGGUGCCUUUGAUAUGAAUCAUCCUUCUGUCCACAACCCAGAGGAAUUCACAGGUCCAGAAGACCCACCUGAACCCUCAGAUGCACCUGCAGAUAUUGUCACAGAAGUGUGCACAACUCCAAGUCCAGUAGAUGACUCCAUUGAGAUGUCUAAUAUCACUCCAGAAAAGACCGUUCUGCCAGACAUUAUUGAUGCAAUGUCCAAAGACAGCAGCAACUCAGUUGAGACAACAGAUCCAAGAGAACUGGACAUAUCAGCAGAGAGCAGAGAGGACAGUAGUUUCAGGAGACCAGGGAGAAGGAGCAGACCAAAAGAUCCGCCAUCACGCCAGGACAACAACUCAGCUGACAGUGCCGAUAACAGUGCUGAUGUGACUGAUGUGCCAGAGAAGAGUGAAGUGGCUGAAGACAGGCGUCCUGCUACAAGGCCAGCUCCAGUGAUCGAUCAAGAUGUAAGUAGCCAGGAGCUGGACGUGCCAGUGGACAAGAAGGGAAUGAGCAUGGUGCCCAGAGACAGCGGCAGAGACAAGAAGCCAACAGACCACGCCGGACCUCAGAGACCAAACCCAAGAGUAGCCGUAUUGCCACUCACCGGGCCCUGGGCCUCAGAGGUCGUAGACCUGGACAGUCCUGAGACUGUGGACGCUCCUGACCGCCCAGACCUGUACACAGACAGUGAGGAAGUCACCAUGUCUCAGCGAAGACAGGCAGGGAGAGCCAGCAUGCGCUCCAGCAGCCGCAGGGAGGCAGCAGGGGACCGAGACAGCCCCAAGGCUGUGGGUCACCCAGACAGACUGGACCCAGCCACUAGGGAUGAGGAGCACCCAGGCACUCAGACAAGGAGAGCAGUGCACAUGGACUUACCUGCGAGCAGGACGGUGGUGAUGGACAGAGACAGCGCCGAAACCAGAGAGCUCCUGGACCCGCAGGCCCUGGACACAGGGAGCAGGGAGGUCAGCGUGGCUCAGGUCAGGAGUGAGAGAGUGAGAAGUCACCGGCUCUCGGCCACCACCAGCACUGCCAAGAGUGAGAAUCAGGAGCGGACGAGUCCAUGUGGACUGUGCAGGACAGGAGCGGUGACCAGAGGCGUCCCUGAUGCAGGCGAGAGCACCACCACAGUCCGUCAUCUGGACACUGAGGCUGAGAGUACAGAGGAGACCCCAGGACCCCAGCAUCAGAGGAGUCCGGCUGGCCCAGUCAUAAGCAGGACUACGGCAGGCACAACUGCAGAUAAACUGGACAGUGUGGACAGCCUGAGGGCCAGCAGCAGUGAGAGAUUUGAGCGCUAUGGUCAUACUUUCGGAAAUACCUUGUAGGUUUGUCCAGCAUUCACUGAUUCCAAUGUAUUCCUUGUAUUUCUGAAUCAUGGUAAUAAUUCUGAAUUUGUGUUGUUUUUAGUGACAUCAAAUAAAUCUUCCUUUAUGUCCACA